GAGAAAACAAAAAUGGAAAGAAAGAAGCAACAGUUGGAGCCUAUAAUUAGUUGAUCCCUUCUUUCUCUUUGUCUCUCUGACUCUCUCUUCCUUUUAAGGUUAUCGGAAUCAAUGACCCUUCACGCAACAUCGUACAAUUAGAUCUCACACCAACCCAUGUCGGAUUCACCCAGCAAGAUCCCUCCUACAACCGAAGUGGACCUUGGUUUUGAGAAGGUUCCUGAGAAGAUUGAAGAAGAUGGAAAAGUUGCAGGUCCCAUGCUCCAUUGUGGUAAUUGUGAUACAGAAGUAGUUCACAAGCUGGCUGAAAUGUUCCUUCCAGGAUUGGCUUGUGCCUGCGUCGAUAACACGACAGGAUAUCCCUUCUCCACACCUGGUUCAGUGGCAGGUAAUUUCAGAAAGGAAAUGAUAGAUUAUCUCACACAAAGAAGUGAAUCAUUUGUUGCUGAGUCUGUUAUCUUAGAAGGUGAUCCACAAGGUGAAGUAUUGGAUCAUCCGUUUGAUAUUAUUUCUUAUUUCGUUGAUGAGUUUGUUAUUUCAAAGAGGAAUCUCGUUAGUCAGGUCUCUGGAUGGCUGCUAAGUGAUUGGAGAGAAGACAAAGUAGAUGAUUUUAUUCAGGAGAUGGAAAUGAAUGGAUUUUGGUCCUUUGAUAGAAGAGAAACUAUCGCCAAAUCUCUGCUUAAGAAUGUUGAUUUCAAGAAUGCAUAUCACUGCAAUGAAAGUUUUCAUUCUCAAGAAGAUCUUGACAAUCAUGUUGAUGUUUGCAACUUUAGAACUGCAUUCUGUCAAAAUGAGGGAUGUGACGCCAUGUUUUGCUCAGCUCAUUUUGAGCAGCAUGACUCGACCUGUCCUUUCAAGAUAAUUUCAUGUGAACAGAAGUGCUCGGAUAGCAUUAUGAGACGUGAUAUGGACCGGCACUGCAUAACUGUUUGUCCGAUGAAGAUUGUGAACUGUCCAUUUUAUGGAGUAGGUUGUAGAGCUGCUGUUGCUCAAUGUAUGAUUGAAAAGCAUUGCUCAGACGACGUUAAGACACACUUGAUGCACGUGCUUAAAGGCAUCCACAGGGAAGCAACUGCUGAAGAUCUCAGCCGACGAGUGGAGAAAAUUAUGCAGGCAUCAUCAGGCACCAGGUUAGCAGAGGCUCGCGACAUGAGAAUGUUCAAAUCUAUUGUCAAGAAUCUUGAAGCAAAGGUAGGACCUAUGGAAGUAACUCCCAAGAAUGAAGAUAGUCAUGAAAGUAGCACAGAAACACAAGGGCACUGAACAGAACACACAGUAAGGAAGAUGAAAGUAAUGUAAAUAAGGAAAAUGGAACUGAGGGUAGUAAUGCAGAGAAUGUUAAAACACACAGGAUCUUAAAAUUUUGUAACUUAGAAGGUGGAAAGAGUUUUGAAAUGUUGCUUAAGUUUUCUCAUAAGAGAAGACAUUUUUCCAUUUCUGUAUGUAACUAUUGGCAUAUGCAAAAUUUUCCCAUUUGUCAA